AGAUUAUAUCAGCAAUGUGGAUUUUGAAGGGGCUCGUUCUUGCAAUUUUACUCGCAUCUGCGUCGACAACGCCGCCCAAGGAGGUUGAGAAAAGUCAUGGAGAACAUCAUCACGGAAGUCAUGGAGAACAACAUCACGGAAGUCAUGGAGAACAACAUCACGGAAGUCAUGGAGAACAACAUCAUGGAAAAUUCCAUUUCCGCCACGGGAAUCGCACAAUCCACCGCGAGUUUGCAAUAGGUACUGACAAACUUCUGCCUUCUGCCAAACUUCCAAAGUGAAAGCUUUGCAAAAUUUUCUCGCAAA